GAACACCGGAAGCCGUUGCUAUGGAGCUGCCUAAGGUCCUCUUGGGCUUCCGUCGUUGGAGGUGCGCCGGAACGCGGAAUAUGAGAGAGUGAGGGACGGCGCGUUAGUGAGAAUGACCAUGGCGCAGCUGGGAGCGGUAGUAGGAGUGGCGACUGUCCUAAUUGCCUUGAUUUUACAUUCAUCUAUUCAUAAGGUGGAAGAAGGUCAUCUGGCUGUGUAUUACAGAGGGGGUGCUUUAUUAAGUAGUCCUAGCGGACCAGGAUUUCAUAUAAUGUUCCCUUUCAUCACAAGUUUUCGUUCAGUUCAGACAACGUUACAAACUGAUGAGGUGAAAAAUGUACCCUGUGGUACCAGUGGGGGUGUUAUGAUUUACUUCGACCGGAUUGAGGUUGUAAAUAUGUUGCUUCCUUCAGCAGUGUAUGAUAUUGUGCGGAACUACACAGCGGAUUAUGACAAAGCUUUAAUUUUUAACAAAAUCCAUCAUGAACUGAAUCAGUUUUGCAGUGUUCACACACUGCAAGAAGUGUAUAUAGAGCUGUUUGAUCAGAUUGAUGAGAACCUUAAACUGUCACUACAGAUAGAACUUAAUUCCAUGGCCCCUGGACUCACAAUACAGGGUGUACGUGUAACUAAGCCAAAGAUUCCAGAAGCUAUUCGCAGAAACUUCGAACUAAUGGAAGGGGAGAAAACCAAGCUACUGAUUGCUGCACAGAGGCAGAAAGUGGUUGAGAAGGAAGCAGAGACAGAAAGGAAAAAAGCUGUUAUUGAGGCAGAAAAAGUUGCACAAGUGGCAAAAAUUCACGAUCAACAAAAAGUAAUGGAGAAAGAAACCGAGAAACGCAUUUCUGAGAUUGAAGAUUCAGCUUACCUUGCCAGAGAAAAAGCCAGAGCAGAUGCUGAAUUUUACACUGCGGAGAAGUUUACAGAGGCUAACAGGUUGAAACUGACACCCCAGUAUCUGGAGCUCAUAAAGUAUCAAGCCAUUGCUGCAAACAACAAGAUCUAUUUUGGAAGUGACAUCCCCAGCAUGUUUAUGGAUUCGACUUCUCUGAAACCUCCAGUAAUGCAGCAAUAUGGUGGAGGUUUGUCAGACAGAGAGGGCAAGUCUCAAAAGAAGGCUGGGAAAUUGUGAAAAUGAUCUGGUGAGGGAAGACUCUUUGCAGCCUCUUGGAUAUGAAGAAGCUAUAAGGAUGGAACCCGAUCAAGCACAACAGCUUUCUUAAGACUGAUCAUAAAACGUCAACUGCCACUUCAUCUGCUCCUGAUUUCUUCUUUUUGAAUUCCAUUCUUACAAUAGUUAGCCUUUCUCCAUCUUUUCUUUGAUCUUCCAGUUGAACAUCAAGCUGUAUUAGAAUGAUACCCGGUGCUCAUACUGAGCUUCGCAUACAGCUGCGUUUUAAGCAGUCAUGGGCUGUUGUCCCUUUUACACACUACAUCUAAAAUGUGCCUCUCGAACCCUUAGAGCAUAACUUUGAAAGGCUGGGAUUACUGUUUGCAGAAGCAGAAAAGUGUUCUGUAUACAGUGCCUAUAAUUAAAUAUUAAAAGAAGGCAGAUUUCAGUUGGGGGAUCUUUAUGGUCUCUUAUGAUGGCUUAAACAACUGCGCUAUCUGUACUUUCUUCAUUGCACUAUAGUGACCUGUUGAUUCCUUGAGAAAUCCAGGAGAUGCAAACCCAUGUCUUAACUGUCGACUUACAUCAGCGAUUCCUCUCUGAAAGACCCCAUGAGCUAACUUGCAUGAAUACGAUAAAGCUGGCCUUCUAUCAUUGAGUGGAUUGUUGCAGAAAGCUGUCCUUUUUACCACUUUUGUACAAGCAUUUUGGAGCAGGUUCUUAUUGGCUUUGACAGAUAUCUGGGACUGUCGUGAACAUCCUAUUUUUUAUUUCCUGUUGUCUUGCUGUAAAAAGCGUAUCCAGGCUGUGAGCUGCUCUGAGUUUUCAGAAAUCCUUUUUGGUGCUUGUUUCCCAUAAUACUGACUAGUCCUAUAUUAGUUUCUGAGGACUUGUUAAAAAGUUUAUUUUGUGCGUGUGUUUAAAUUCCUUUUAGAAUGACUCCAUAGAGAUAAAAAAAAAUAAAAAUUGGCACACUCUGCAAAAGAAAACUACACUUUCCUGUUCAUCAUAUCUUUACAUUCUUGCCAAACAAACCCACUGUCAGUAUCUUCAGCAUCUGACAAACCUGGAAGUUUUUGUUCUAGCCUCCAGCCACACUGGUAGCAGCUGUCAGAUGGAACCACAGGCAUCCAGCUCCCCUGGAAAUGUGUGACAGAUGCUGAACGUCUGCAGCCGGUUUUUCUUGUGGGUGGACAGGUAAGUAUAAAUAGUCUUUUGCACAGUGGGCUUUUUUAUUUUUAAAUUCAGCAACAGAGUCACCUUAAGGACUGCUAUACACCAGCAUCUCCUGAGUUGGUGUUGAUGCAGGACAGACAUUUUAUUUAACCCCUAGGUGCCGACCGUACGCAAAUAUGCAGCCUUUUGGUGGGAGGACCUUGGCACGGAGUGGCCGCUUAUUUGCUUACCGAUUUAGCAGACACAGCUGUGCCGAAAGUGUGCUCCCAACAGUUACCAGCGCCAAACCGAAAGCUCCCGAUCAUGUUAUGACAGCCAAUCACGGCGGUCACAUGAUUAAAAACCCCUGUCUCCUGGCAUCUGAAACCUCUUAAAGCUCCAGGGGGGCGCCAGGACAAAGUGGUUAACAUCUACUUUUGUUGGUGUUUUUACAGCCUUUGUAAUUCUCAGAAUGUUGUGAAACGCAUCGGUGCUUGUGUACAAGGUCUGAACAAAAAUGGACAUUAAAAGUUGAACCGAUAUCAGCUAUUGCUCGUUAUUUGAAGAACUUAAUUAGGCUGUUAUCAAGUAAAAAUGUGUAAUUUAGGGAGGACAAACGUAAUGGAGAUUAUUAUAACUGAUAUACCUGAGAUUGCUUAGCAGGUGGAAGGAAAUGCUAAAGCUACUGAAUAUGUUUUAUUAACUAUCUUUCUUUUUUUUUUUUUUUUUUUUUUUUUUUUUUUUUUUUAUAAUUUUUUGGAACGGUAACAGAUUCAUUGCUGACUGGAAGAUAACAUGACCUAACCGUUAUCUUCUUUAAAUAUCCUUAUUAAUCCAGUAA